AUGGAGUCCCUGGGCGUGCUGCUGCUCUACCCGGUGAACGCGUACCUGGAGCAGGAGCUGGACCGCCGCUGCCGCCUGUACCGUUUCUGGGAGUCGCCCCGCGAUGAGUUCCUCCGCGCGCACGCGGGCGCCGUCCGCGCCGUCGUCGGCAAUGCCAACUACGGCGCCGACGCCGCGCUCAUCGACGCGCUCCCGGCGCUCGAGAUCGUCGCCUCCUUCUCCGUCGGCAUCGACCGCGUCGACCUCGCCAAGUGCCGCGAGCGCGGGAUCCGGGUCACCAACACCCCCGACGUCCUCACCGACGACGUCGCCGACCUCGCCGUCGGACUCGCCAUCGCCGUGCUCCGCAGGAUCCCGCAGGCCGACCGCUACGUCCGCGCGGGGCUCUGGAAGUCCAGGGGCGACUACACCCUCACCACGCGGUUCAGCGGGAAGAGAGUGGGCAUCAUCGGGCUGGGCAGGAUCGGGCAGGCGGUGGCGAGGCGCGUGGAAGCCUUCGACUGCCCGGUGAACUACCACCAGCGGACGGAGCAGAAGUCGGUGUACCCGAACUACACCUACUACCCGACGGUGGUGGAGCUGGCGUCCAACAGCGACGUGCUGGUGGUGGCGUGCCCGCUGAACGCGUCGACCCGGCACAUCGUGAGCCGCGAGGUGAUGGAGGCGCUGGGCCCGAAAGGCGUGCUGAUCAACGUCGGGCGCGGCCCCCACGUCGACGAGCCCGAGAUGGUGGCGGCGCUGGCGGACGGGCGGCUCGGCGGCGCCGGGCUGGACGUGUUCGAGGACGAGCCGAACGUCCCCGAGGCCCUGCUCGGGAUGGACAACGUCGUGCUGGUGCCGCACGUCGGCAGCGGCACCUACGAGACGCGCAAGGCCAUGGCGGACCUGGUGCUGGGGAACCUCGAGGCGCACGUGCUCAGCAAGCCGCUGCUGACUCCGGUGGUCUGA